CAGCGUGCGAUAUGAGCUCAGCGGCUGCCCUUAGUCCGGCAGCGGGACGGGCAGCGAGCCAGCCCCCCGCCAGGCAGCGUCCUUGUAAGGCCGGGACAGAGGGCGAGGGGCAGCGGGGCCAGGAGAGACGGAGACAGGCGACGAGGCGAGAGGAGAGGAGAGCGCGGCCCCGGCCCAGGACGAUGCAGGCCCUUCUGACCUCCCGCGUGGGAUCCCUCCGCUCCUUCGCCACCUCCACCCGCCACCAGAUGAAAAACAAAGUCCCCGAACAUCAGAAGCUCUUUCAGGCGGAUAAUGGCCUGCCCGUGCAUCUGAAAGGGGGCAUCAUGGAUGGCUUGCUGUAUCGACUCACAAUGGCCAUUACUGUCUUUGGCUCCUGUUACUCCGUCUUCUCGCUGGUCAGAGCUUCUUUCCCCCAGAAGAACAAAUGAGAUGGCAGCCUGGACUAGCUGGUUCCCCUCUCCCCCUGCCCCACAGGGGCCCGUUCGGGGCUGGAAGCAGACAGCAGAGAGCCAUGUACUUUAAGAAAACCCCUACCCUCAGAAAUCAAUAAAAAGCACCUUUAAAAA